GUCGUGAACUGAGGUGGGCCGGUCUGAGGCUUGAAACUCCAGGGCUGAAAAGUAGUCCCACUCCGGCCCUGUUCAUACUGAUGUCUUCAGGUCUACAAAUUGAAUUAAUUGUGUUGGCAUUAGCUUACCUGAGCAAAUUAUAUUAUCCCUUAUUAUACGUAUUGUAUCACCUACAAGAUAUAACACCAUAUAAUUACUUAUUUCAGUGUUAAUUAAUCAGAUUCCUGUUUACUCUCUUCAGUUAAAUCAGUGGAAGACAAAGACAGAGUUUAUUGAAGGACAGCGAGAAGAUGAGUGAUCCAGAACCCUGCAGAAUUAAACAGGAAGAGACUGAAGAGAUAAUAGAUGUGAUAGUGAAGGAGGAGAGUGAAGAUGAGGAGAAACACCAUGUCAGAAGUGAAGAUGAAACUCCCGCAAGCACUGAACACAAUAUUUUAAUGAAAAGAACAGCUGUAAAAAGUUUGAUCUGCACUCAGUGUGGAAGGAGUUUUGAUCGUAAAUGCCACCUCGAGAUUCACAUGAGGAUCCACACUGGAGAGAAACCGUACCAGUGUUCACACUGCGACAAGAGAUUCAAUCGUACAGGACACCUGAAAAUACACGAGAGGAUUCACACUGGAGAGAAACCGUAUCACUGCACUGCUUGUGGGAAGAGUUUCACACAAUCGUCUUCUCUACGAACACACACAAGAAUCAAUCACAAUGUGACUGUGAAAGAGGAGGAGAACGAAGAACCGAUUGUAGCCGUGAAGGUCCGUACAAAGGGGAAACUUCAUUCAUGCUCUUUGUGUGGAAAGAGUUUUACACAUAAACAAAGUUUAAGGGAACAUGAGAGGAUCCACACUGGGGAGAAACCAUUCCCGUGUACUUGGUGUGGGAAAACCUUCAGAAAACCAUCAUCCCUUAAUCAACACGUGAAGAUCCACACUGGAGAGAGACCACACACAUGUGAUCGAUGCGGUAAAACAUUCUCAAGGCUGUCUCAUCUGAAGAUCCAUCUUAUAGUUCACACAAACGAGAAGCCUUAUUCAUGCUCUGUGUGUGGAAAGAGUUUUACACAGCAGGGGUAUUUAAAAGCACAUCAGAAGCACCACGGCGAUGUGAAAGAGUUUGUGUGCUUCGUGUGCAAGAAGACUUUUAUCAGAGCUGGAGACUUGAAACAGCACGAGAGGAUUCACACUGGAGAGAAACCGUACACAUGUGCUCUGUGUGGGAAGAGUUUCGCACAAUUAUCAUACCUUAGUACACACAAGAAGAUCCACACUGGAGAGAGAACGCACAAAUGUGAUCAAUGCGGUAAAACUUUUUUGAGGGCUACACAGCUGAAGAUUCAUCUUAAGGUUCAUUUAUAGGAGAAGCUUUAGUCCUGUUCUUUAACAUUGGGGUCAGUUUGACCCCACUGAAUGUUUACAACCAGUAAAUACAAGCUUGACAUCA